UUUCUAAUAAUUGUUUUUUUUUUCAUUUUUAGGAUUGGAAAUAUAAAACUUAGAGAUCAAUUACGAUGGGCAACACUUGGAUACCACCACAAUUGGGAUACAAAAGUAUAUUCUGAAACCUCAAAAUCUGAAUUUCCAAAAGAAUUAUCUAAGCUUAGUAAAACCAUCAUCAAUUUAUUACAAUUCCCUGAUGAAUUUAUGGCAGAAGCAGCUAUUGUAAAUUUUUAUCAUCCGUCAUCAACACUCUCUGGACAUACAGAUCAUUCUGAGUAUAAUCUAAACGCUCCACUAUUGUCAAUCAGUUUUGGUUUAAGUGCCAUAUUUCUUAUUGGAGGACGUUCAUUGGAUGACAAACCAUCAGCUAUACUUUUGAGGUCAGGAGAUGUUAUCGUUAUGAGCAAAGAAAGCCGAUUAUGUUACCACGGUGUACCAAAAAUUCUGUUAUCCAAAAAUGAUCAACAUUUUAAUUAUGAAAAUGAGUUGGAGGACCCUUUUAAGAGUUAUAUGCAAGUUACAAGGAUUAAUAUAAAUGUUAGACAAGUAAACAAUACCGUUUGAAAUUAUUAAUUAAACAAUUAAACUUAAUUGUACACCACACUCAAAACAAUACAUAURAAUAAAUUAUUUAUAUAAUCA